UUGAUUUGUGAACAGCAUCUGCAGUCGGCAAACGCCAUUUUGACUUGUGUUACUACUUUUAUGUAUGGUGGUUAAUUAGGCUAUAGUCUGUGGUGUCUAUUAUUGAAUCGAGAAGUUCGUCUUAUUUGAUAUUAUUGAUAACUUUCCCAUUCGAACGAACCAAGGGAUAAGGUUCGUUCACUGGGUUCUGAAAUUAUAAAUGUGUGUGAUUAGACAGUAUGUCUACAUUUUCCAGUAUAGGAUCCAAAGGGGGAAAGCCGAAGUUUCAAUCUUUGGAUAUAAAUAGAAUCUACAAAAGUAGCAGAGGCGAAAGUUCAGAAAAAACCCAACAAAAAAGCACUAUACAAUACAAACAUGGAAUGCAAAUAUUGGGAAAAGUUCCAAACGCCCGUAGGCCUCCUGCAAAUUUACCCUCUUUGAAAUCUGAACAUAGUGGAAGUGAAGCAGCAGUACCAUUAGUACCACCAGGAGGACCAGGAUGGGGAAAGCAAGAUACCAAUUCAUUGUCCAACGGAUUACCAACUCCCAAACAGGAUCAGAAUCCAGCUCCAACUCUACAUCAAAGUGCCCAAUCCUCCCAACCUGCCCCCUUGAAACAGGAAGUCCCACAUGUACCAAGUGCACCAAUAGACAAAUCAUGGAGUUCAGUAAUGAGCAGAGGAGAUACACAUUCUCAUCAUCCUCCUCCUUAUCAAGGCCCACAAUUUCAGCACGAUUUUCCAAGCCUCUCGGCCACGGAAGGAGGGCAGGGCAGAGGUACAGGAACAGAACCCCCUUAUUCUACAGGUUUGAGCUUACGACCACAAACGGAAGGUUCCUGGAUAGGAGGUGGAUCUGGUCCAGGAGGAGAGGGAAAACCAACCUCGGGUCACCUGGGUUCUCCACCACAGCUAUCGGCCCAGGCAGGCCUCUUACAGCAACAGCAGCAGCAGACUCUACCGCCUCAGUAUAGAGGAGUUAUGCCCUCUUUUAUGUACAAAAACAAUCCCCCUUCUGCCAAUGCUCCCCCUAGCCUAACGGCCAAUAAUGUUAUUGCCUCCUCCCAUGAUAAUAAUGGACGGCAAGACAAAAUCAACAAAAAGAGUUUUGAUGAGGUGGUUCCACCCUCUAUAAUUAAAGAGGAAGAACUCCACAGGAUGGAUGAAAUUGAAAGAGACAUGGGUUGGGCUUAUUCAGAUGAUAUUGACUAUAACAAGAAACUCAAUUUCAGCGAUGAUGAAAUCUUGACGGACAAAAGCUCCAGGCCGAAACAGACAGAUAUUAAACACCAUGAAAAACUUCCGGAAGUUGCGAAAAAAGAAACGAAUGACGCUUGGCAAACAUCCAAUAAGGGACAUUCAUCUGAAGAAGAGGAAAUAAAACUGAAGAGAUCUCAACACUUUAAAGAAGUGGAACUCGCCGUUCAAAGAGCCAAACAGAGGAAGAAGGAGGAGGAGAAACGUUUCAACGAGGCCACCAAACAGGGCGCUCAACAGAAAUUGAAAGAGCUGGAAGAGAAGAUAAGCAAACGCGAUCGUGAUGGUGAAGAGGGCGUUGGAACUAUUAAUCCAUCUAUUGUGCCUCCAAAACCAAUUGCCCCCACGGAAAUUCCCCUGCCAGAUUUCCAGAGAGAAAAGGAUCCACCUCAUCAUAAGGAAAAGGAAGAACGUCAUAAAAUACCGGCCGAAAACCACGAGGAAAAAAUUGAGAAGCCCAGUAAUACUUUCAAACAUUUGACAGAAAUUGAAGGAAAAACUUUCAAGAGGAAUUCGAAGAAUCCGGAGAGAGAAUCGAGAGAGCAGGGAGCGCCAACAUUCUCGAGGCAGUUCCAGAGCGAUCUUCCUCCCCGUUUUAAGCGACAACAUCAUCAACAGAAUAACCCACCUCAGUAUAAUGAACACUAUGAAAAUAGAUCCCCAGUAUCGCCAAACUACCCUAAGAGCAAUAUGUCUAGGAAACCUCUCAUUGGUCCAUCAGAAACUGAACCAAGAAAACGCAAUAUCGAUGAACCUACCCCAAUUUCCCAGACUCCACAAGAACCUAUACAUAAAUCAGAAUCUCCUGCUAAUAUCGACACUCAUGACUUGGAAGUUUCCAAACAUAAAAAAGAAACAAGAAUCCAAGAAGAGAAAUAUGAUAAAGCUGAACCUGAUAUUAAGGACUAUGAAAGAAGAGACUAUGGUCAGGCCAGAAACAGAAGUGAAGCUGCUCCUUCGGAUAUUAAACCAAAACUCAACAAGAAUCAGGACAACCUUUAUGACAGAUUUCAAAGAUUGGACUCUCAAGACGCGAAGAUAUCGAGGGACAAGUAUACUUCUGAUGAUAAUCGUGAAUACAGUUCGUGGUCAGAGUCGAGAUUCGAUAUCUCGUUUGAAGAGAAACGAAGGGAAGUUCAUAGGGAGGAUCGUAGGCAGGUUCCAGGUCCCAUAACAAGGGAUAGAAUAGAAGCAGACGAUUUCAAUGAAAGCCGCAAUUUGACAGCUUUAAAACGUGGUCAAAUACCUGAGAAAAAACCCAACGGCGUUAAGAAUAAAGAAGAAAGAAUGGAUUCUUUGGAUGGUAAAAAAAGUGACCCCCAUGAAUCUAAAACAUGUACCGACCAAUCAGAUAAAUCCAAGAAUGUUGGUAAAAAAGACGAUAAAGACGUCAAAUCGGUCGAUAAUAAGAAAAACAUUAAGAACGAUGAUUAUCGAGAUGAUAAGAGGAAUUCGAGUAGAAGCAAAGCCUAUCCAUCGAAUAAAGUUUGGAAUAACGAGUAUCAUCACAGAUCUACUGGGGAGCGAGGUAAUUGGCCAAAAAGAAGCAACUCCAGUAACAAAAACUCGAGGUCAAAUGUUGGUCACAAAAUGGAAUCCUUCAGCAAUAUUGCGACCGAUUCUGAAGGUUCAUCUGAAGACCACCAUUCGAAAGAUGAUCAUUCUCAUAAAAAUGUCAAGUCUGACAAAAUCAACAAAAAUCAUCCAAAAGAAGAGAAAAGAAAUACGAAGUCUGAUAGAGACAGACAGAGUGACAAAAUGCAAGAUAUAAAGAGAGAUAAUUAUGUUCCGAGAGGGGAACCUAGCAGACUUGGAAGAGGGGGUGGAAAUUUCCGUGGCAGAGUAGGGCUAAGCAAGAGGAUAGAUGGAUAUGGUCCACCACCCUCCAAAAGUCCUUUCACGCAUCAUGACGAUAAGAAACCAAACGAAAAUGAUGAUAAUCAACAACCUAACACCAAUGCUGCCGAAAAUGAUAAGGAUUCACAAGUUGAGGUCAAAGAAGACAAUAAUGUGUUCUCAGAGAACAAAACAACAGAUGAUAAAGACAAAAGUAAAGUUCUCAAUAAUAAAACUGCAAUUGGUUCGAAACCUAAUAACUCAAAUGCAAAUUCGUCUGUUCAAAGAAAACCAAAUCAGCAAUCUCGUUCAAUCAAUGAGAAGAAACAUUUUGUUAAAAAUGAAACUUCUAUUACAACACAAAACAAGCAAAGCAAACCUGAAGAUUCUAAUAUGUUGUGUAGUGCUAUUGCUGAUAUCUCCUUGAAAAAUAAAGACGAUCUUGGUGGUGACGUCGAGGAAGAAGGCCUCCCUCAUGGUGACUCUGACGGUUUUCAAGAGGUCAAGAGCAAAAAAACCGUGAAGGAACGUCCAAGAACAGAGGAAAAACUGAACCCUCCUUAUCCUGGCAAAAAUUUGCGUUCGGAUAACAAAGAAAGGGAAAAAAAUAAAAAGCAACCCAUACCACAACAAAUUCAACAGCCUACUCAUAACAUACCGCCUUUAAUGGCGGUAACAGUGAAUCCUCCACACGUUUUACCACAAACGAAUAAAAACCAGUUCGAUCGUCAGAGUCGACAAAACAAGAUACCCCCAAGAUUUGUCAAACUACGAGAAAGUAAUAGACUGCAGAAGAUGCAACAACAGCAUGGCAUGGCUGAUAUGAAUGAAAUUAAAAAUCGUAACAUGUUCGGUCCGAAAAUGUCAAAUCCCCAAGCCAAUAAUCCAGUGGUUCCGAUAUCAAAUGCUUGGGAUAAACCCUUGGGGACCCAGUUGAGGCCAAUGGAGCCUGAGAAUCUCUUGGCCACCGCUAUUGAUGGUGGAAAUAACAUUGAACACGGCCCUGCUCAAGGAAAUCCUGAUGUUGAUAAGAAAAUCAACAAAUCAAAUUUAUCAGAAACGGUCAUUCUUGACGGAGCGACACCUCCAGUGAAUACGAUUAUUUUCGAAAAUACCAAUUUCAAAUCAAUGCCAACUAACAGAAAUGUUCGUAAUGAUAAAUUGCGCAAGGAGGAUGGUUCCCUUGAAAAUCCAUCAAUGACAAAUUUCAAUAAACGCAUGAACGAUUUGUUGAGUAAGAAUGAGAAACAGUCUGAUUCCAUCCAGCUCCAACUUCCGUUCAAAGAAGAUAGUGGUGAUAUGAAACUGGACUUUUUCGAUUCUGCACUUUCGUUACCUGACGAAAAGGCGUUGAAGAAUCCGUGUCUUCCUAGACCAAUGCAUUCAAUGACCACUGGGGGUAAUGAUAUUUCAACUGCUGAUGCCCUAAAUUAUAAAAUUCAGUCUGUUAAGAAAGUUUGGGAAACGCCCUCUGAGCAUGGCGUGCCACAGGAGGAUGCCAACCCCAAUUUCUCUACGUCAUUUGUUCCCGAUACAAAUACAUUAGAUUCCAAUUCCUACGUUAAAGGAAAUGAUAAUGUCGAGGAUAAUCAUGAACAGCAUGGCUACAGUCCCGCAGCUAAUCAACAAACGAGUAACAAUACCACAAAUGUGUGUAAGGUGGAAAUGUCCAGAAGGCCAGAACAUUUUUUUUCGUUUGCCGGGAAUGAACGCGUUUAUGGGGUCAAACCCACCCAACAAGUAUCCGGAGCAGCAAACCAGGCGGUUUCUGGUGCGAAUGCUGCACAUCCCGCUCAUUCUGGUAUCAUGGGUCCAGGUUUGAUGGGAAAUCCAUUAUCACCUCCGCCAAUUCAACCAGUUAUUGGCGCUGGCGUCGGAAUCGGGCAGCCACCUCAACAGUUUCCUACUAAUCAACAUAUGGGCUAUCAGAAAAAUUUUCAGACAAGUAUCGGAAGUAGAAGUCAGUAUGGAAUGUCAGCAAUUCCAUCUCCACCGUCUGUUUUGCCUUACACAGCUCCUCCUCUACAAGCGCAAACAGCCAACCUUUAUGGACCCUUCCAAAUUGAUCAAACAGGAGUUCUUGGGGGGCAGGGAAGAUCCCAAUUCUCUCAAUAUCCUAAUCAUUAUGGCUUAGGACAGGCAGCUUCUAGCCCAUAUACGGCACAAUCUAUGUUCCUUCAAACCCCUCAGGCACAUCCACCUCCGGCUGCCCAAGGUCCCGAGAUUUAUCAGAACUUGAACAGUUACAGAUUAUCGAAUGCUGCUUUUGGUCAAAAUCAGCAGCUGAAUAAUCCAACAACUGUUUUAAUUUCUUCUACUUCUAAUUCCUUGAUGUCAGCAACUGUCAAGCCGUCUACACAACAGAUUAGUGCAAUUGGAACCAAAUCAGGCGGCGUGGGUCAAGCUUAUCAACAACAGUCUCAACAGGGUCAGCAAAUGUAUAUGUUUGAUCCUAAUCUUCAAGCUAACUACCUUCAAGGACUACAAAGACCAACUGGUCCAGUUCAAAAUAAUGUUGUUCCAACAAUUCAGCCUUCUUCUUCUUACUAUUCAGGAUCCACUCCUGCUGCCAAGCCUUUCAACUGUUCUUGGGGAUACUAAUAUAAAGUUACGAAUUUUUGGAAAAGAUGAAUUUACAAAAUAUUUGAUGAUGAAAGAAAUCCUCAAAAAUUCGGUGUUGUGUCCAGAUUGUUGUCUUCAGAUUAGCUUUUGUUGUUACACAUUGUCACCAAGAAUUAGAAACAAGUUUAAUUGGUGAUGAAUAAUUGGAUAAAGUAUUUAUUAAUCUAUGCCUAGAUGUAUGAACAAUGAACUAAAUGUCGAGAUUUCAUUUUAAUAGUUUUUUUCAAUUGAAUGAGUAUUCAACAACCAUGUCCUAAAAUGAUGUAGAUUCUUAAUGACUUAAAUUUUUACUUUUCAGGGUAUAAUUAAGAAUAUAUUCCUGAAAGUAUGUCAAAAAGGAUUUUAAAUAUAUAAAAAACUGUCUAUGUCGAUUCAUUGAAUAGGUUUUCUGUGAUAAAAAUAAGUUGAAAAAUUCAGUCACCACCACUUUGUACAUGACUCCUCCGAAAAAUCUUUUAUUUGAAAUGUUGAAAUGAUCAGAGAAAAUUCUUAGUUUCAUUAGUCCAACAAUUCGGAAUAAAUCAAUUAAGAUCCAUAUGGAGUUUUUUUUAUUAUGCAAUUGUUAUUUGAUGAUUUGUUGAUUUCGUGCCAACUUGAAAAAAGUGAAAUUUAAAAUUCUUGUUGAACAAAGAGUUUUAGAAAGAUUAAAAACAUGAUAUAUUGGAAUUUGUUGGUGUGUUUGAAAUAGUGAUAUAUCUUGUACAGCAUUAGAUUUUACUUUCUUCUGUGGACUGACCUCAACUUGUCUUAUCAAAUGUUUAAGCUCUAUAAUUUGUAAAAUUUGUAUGUGACAGUAUUGAUAAAGGUAUUUUAUCUACUUCAGUUGAUUACGAUAGGUUGAAAGUUUUUUUAUGGCGCACAAAUAAGAAUAGAAUACAAGUUGUAGCUUUUACAAAAGUAAUCUGUAUAUGAAUGUAUGUACUCUGAAUUGAUUAAACUAUCCCCUUACAUGUAUUAUCAGAAUCUCCUAAGGAGUUUUCCAUUUUGCUAAUAAAAAUGGUUUUUAAAAGAUA